GAGAGUGAGAUAGAGAGAACGAGAGAGAUAGAAAGAGAGGAGCUGUUCUGGUCUUCCAACGCGGGUUUUCUGAGCAAUAUUUUUAAAAGGAACUGAGAGGACAUUUUGGCUCACUGUCUCUAGAGAAGCUGAAGACGUUUUCUGGAGUGAAUGGUCGUCUUCUUUUGGGUCUCCUCUUUUUUUUGUCUUUUAGCGCCCCGUCAACCAUCGUUUUCUUGUCACAGAUUCAACUCGUUAACUCGGCACUUCUUCUCCGGUACACUUAACGGUUUGCUCUCGACACAAAAAUACUCAGAUUGAGUUGGCUCACCUGCUUGGGGAUUUUUUUUUUUCACCGGAGAGUGUUUCGCUUCGAGCUAAGGCAUUUUCAAACUUCUUCCCUCCUCUUCUUCCUUCUUCUUCUUCCUUUCCCUGUGUGUGGUUGACUGUGGCGCGCGGAGAAUCGGGGAGCUGUCCGCGUGCUGAAAACGCGAAACCGGCAAAAAGGGGCACGCGACGAAGUGUCCCGGGAGCUGUCCGCGUGCUGAAGACCAGAACGUCCAUCUCUUGUUUACUCAUUUAUUUAUUUUUGAAGCUACGGAAGGAAACAAACAAACACAUAAACAAAUAAACAAGAACAACGAGAAGAAGGUGGCGUAUUUACUUCGUUCCUCACCUUUCGUGUCAAAGUCGCAACAGCGAAAACAGGAAUUGAUUUAUUUUUUAAAUUUUUUAUUUUGGACCUUUCAGAGCUCCACAGGUCUUCCACUGCCGAGUUGUCGGACUAUUUUUUGGCCUCAAGGACCCUGAAAUAAUCUCACUCUCGUUGAUAAAUCAGAACAAAGAUUAAUGUUAGGUAUGGAGCGUAUUAGGAACGAUCUUUAAAAGACAUGUCUCCGUUCCACUUUCGAGGCUGUUUGUUCGGAGGAAGCGCCUUUAGUAGCUGAAACCAGUCAGGGAAAACGUCCUAGUCAAAAAAAAUCAGAGUUACACCUACGGGCUUUUUGGUCAACUUUACAUCGAAGACUAAAGAGAGAGAGUGUGUGUUUAUCGUUUCAAGCGUAGGACCGAUUACUGUCCCAUCAUGCCUCGCUCUUUCUUGGUGAAGAAAGUGAAACUGGACGAUUUCUCGGCUGCGGAGCUGGAGAGCUCGUACGGCCACAGCAGAAGAGAAGCGCUCAGCCUGCGAUUCCACCACCAUGACAAAGGCUACGUCAGCGAUUAUCUGAGUCCAUCUCCCUAUGAUGAUGUGGUGGGAAGUGACUCAUCUGUCAUCUCGAAAGUACCCUCCCAUAGCCCUUCGUCGAUCAUCUAUGGCAGCAUCAAUGACACCUAUUCCGAUAUCCAUGGCGAUAUCCAUGGCGAUAUCCAUGGCGAUUCGGACCAGCCGGAUAGCCCGCGGUCUGAGGUAUCAUCAUCGGCUGGUGGAUACAUCAACGGGGACGCGGCCGUGAGCGAGGGCUACACAGUGGACGCGUUUUUCAUCAUGGACGGACGGUCACGGAGGAAAGCCGCAGCGAACCCCAGGGGCACCGCCCAGAGGCACACCUGCAGCGAGUGCGGCAAAACCUACGCCACGUCCUCCAACCUGAGCCGGCACAAGCAGACGCACAGGAGCAUAGACAGCAAGAUGGCCAAGAAGUGCCCCACAUGUGGGAAAGUCUACGUUUCCAUGCCUGCGAUGGCCAUGCACCUGCUGACCCACGACCUCAAGCACAAGUGCGACGUGUGCGGCAAGGCGUUCAGCCGGCCGUGGCUGCUGCAGGGCCACAUGCGCUCGCACACGGGCGAGAAGCCGUUCGGCUGUGCGCACUGUGGCAAAGCGUUCGCUGACCGCUCGAACCUGCGCGCCCACAUGCAGACACACUCGGCCUUCAAGCACUACAAGUGUAAACGCUGCGACAAGACGUUUGCGCUCAAGAGUUACCUGAACAAGCACUACGAGUCGGCGUGCUUCAAGGGGGCUUUCUCCCCAAUGAGCUCACUGGAUGAAUGAUGGAUUCGGAAAAGUUGACUGGAGUUUUUCUUUAGUUUAUUUUGAAGUGAAUUUUAACGGCCUCACUCCCUGCAAUUCCUGCUUUCCCCGAGAAGAAGCCCAGUAUGCCUGAGCACUGCAAGGGAGGAGUGUUUCCUCUGCAAGGGUCAUGAGGCAAAAAUGGCAAAAAUAGAUUGAGGUGAUUUUUUAUCAGUCCCUCCUUUGUCUCCUCUUCCCUCAUCUGGAAGUGGUGUGAGAAGUUCUUGAUGCCUGAUUUAGAUUGCCACCUGCUUCGAUAAGUCCCCUACUGAGACUGUUUUGCGUAUCUGUGAAGAUAAAUAAAGCACAGCACAUCUAGCUCAUCAUUUUUGAAGAUACCUAGAUCUAUUUAUGUCCAUAUCUAUCCUCAAUCCUCUUUCUUUUUGUUCCAACACAUGGCGAAACAACACUGAAGCACAAGUCCUCUCUUUCAGGAGAAUGCAUGAAUCACAUGUUCAGUUUUCUUGCAAAGAGAUUCAACGAACUUUCGUAUUUUUCUGGAAAAACAAACAUUCGUAAUCUGAGGAUACAACUGGCUCCCUGCUUUUAGUGAAACUGACAAUGGAUUGAAAAUAGACCGAGAUGAAGCAUCAAAAAAAGAAGGCAGACAUUCUUUGUCUGCUGACACACCCACACUGAACUGUGAAGUAGAUAUGAUGUAGGAACCUGCCAUGACACAGUGGCCAUGGCAAAGUAUACCGUUUUAGGUGGGAUAUAAUCACCGUUUUUUUUAACUAAUGUCUUCAAGCUGUUUCCUUUUUUAAGUUACUUCAGGCAUUUGUGCUUUUCUUGGCAGUAAACAGUGGAACGUGAGAGGAAAGUAGGGAGACAAACUGGACUUCCAUGGCUGAAAACUCCCACUGAGCCACCACCAGGGUACUCCUUAACAAACAGUGUUUUCCUACAACCUAAACCUGAUGUUAUUUAUUUUUACUUGUUGAGGAUGCAGACAUUAAAAAUGUCCCGAUUUUCCUCAAAAGGUCAAACCUUUCUCAAGUGUUGCAAGCUAGUGUUUUUGUUGCCAGUGGGCCACACAGUGUUCAGCUUUGAGAUCUUUUUUUUUUACGUGUCUAUUUAUUGCCUAAUUUAUUUUCGUAUUUAUUUUUGUAGAUGUAUUGGUUUUGCACUUUAAUUUGUUAUAUUUUGCCUUUGUUACAAAUAUGCCAAAGCAUUUGACACUUUCUAAUUACCGAAUACCUUUUUACUUUUGUCCGCCACUUUAAUUAUGAAAAAAACAUACUGCAUGCAAAAAAUAACAAUAGCCUAAUAAUAAUGGAAUCUAUGCCAAUUUUAUGAAUCUUUGGGAUACUUUGCCAAACCUCUUAGAUAACAGGCAAAUUAAGCAAAUUUCUGUCUUGGGGCAAUAUUUCAUUCAUAUCCAAUAGAGCAAUAAUGCAUGAUAUUUUUUGAAGAGACGUGAGUCAUAACUGCUUGUAACAUCUUGAUUUUUUUCUUUUCAAGUACCACUAUUCUAUGUAGUUAUGAGAAAUGAAAUUUCAGGGAGUUAGCAAACCAAGUUAGUGUUAAAUACGAAGGGUUGGGUUUAGAGCUCUGUAUUUAGAGGAGCUGUGACACUGUUGUGAGGUUUUUGAGGCUUCCUCUGGUGACUGUUAAGUGUCUGAACAGAUCAGAUUAGCAAGAGCAGGGAAUCAGUUUUCCAAUUUUGUCCAAUUUCUGCUGAUUUAGUAUGUAAUAUUAUACAAAACAAUUGCCUCCGAGUUAUAAUUCGAUCCUGGCGUCAUUAGUUUUGUUGGGGCUUCCAGGGAUUUCACACAGAUGGCUCAACUCCUCUAGGUGGAGGGCUCCGGGUUGGGUCGGGAUGGGUCUUUUUGUACAUGGUUUAUGCACUGCCUGCCUCGUAUUAUUAUUCUAAAAUAUUGUAGAAUGUAGAAGGUACUACUGUAGGCCUCUGGUGCUGAAACAUGGAUGAAAACGCAAACCCAGAACAAGAACAGUUUUGAGUUUUGGUUCUUUGUAUGCUUGUGGUUUUAAUCGAAUAGGUGGAACGCAACUUCCCAACAGCUGUGGUGCUGAACGAGGGGCUGUUUGACCCCAGGAGUCCUUGUGCAGGUCUCUGCUUGAGGUUUCUGUGGGAGCCCAUCUCCACCAGUUCAAGGAAAAAAUGAAUAAACACUGAAUAAAUUCCAUGGUAAGUCAUAAUUAUUGGAUAGAUAGUCAAUUUUUUUUAUUUCAAAUGAUUCUUCUCUGUGAAUUGAUACUUUUUAUUCUGUGAUUAUGACAUUUUAUCCCAUAAUAAUAAUAAUAAUAAUAUUGACUGUUUUUCCCUAAUAAUUCUAACUUUUUAUCUAUUAAUUAUGAAUUUCUCAUAAUUUUGACUUUUUAAAUCUCACGAUUAUAAAUUCAGAUGUCGAUUUUGACUUUUUACCUAAUAAUUAUGUCUUACCACAGGAAUAUCUUUCACAUUAAUCUUAGUUUUUUACCUUUUUUUUUCUUUACCUGGCAGAAUUGGGCUCCCAUAGGUUUAAGUCAGAGUGAUGAUGAAGAUAAAAUUCCCUCAGCAAGCUCUCUUCACAGUUUGAAUCCCAUCAAAAGAUCACGUUUAACUCUUUGCCCUUAUGAAAUACGUUAAUUCGCAAACUCCAUGUGAGCUGACAACACUCCUUAAAUCCCCUUCACAGUUUCGGAUUGUCUUUCUUUCCACCAUCUCUGGCUGUUGUGAGGUUGUUGCGGCGAUCCCCAAUGCAAUUAUAAGAAUUGUUGAGAAAGACGAGAAGACACAUGGUCAAUAUUUCAGCACCAGAGUGCAGCAACAAACACUUAGAUUCUACUAUGAACUACUGUAGCCUACUAUAGCCACAAGCUAGUUUACCUAUUCUUAUAUAAAUAAAAGCACUUCCUCUUACGAAUUAUAUCUUACAACGUUUCUUUGUUUUGUUUUUCUUCAAAGAUAGUAGCACAAUGAAAGAGUUUAGAUUCAGGUAGACAAUGCCUUGUAUGUAGAAAUAACAACCUCUUUCUCCUUUUUCUACUAUGACGAAUCAAACAAAAGCAGAACAACAAAAAUGCUCUGAUAACACAGCCUGUGUUGUUCUCAAAUAACACAAGAAGAUAUGCUUAAAAAUGACACGUGGUAUAAAUCAACACCUUUGUAAUAGUCGUGUCAUUUUUCAACGUAUUUGUGUGAGAGCAUCUUCACCACACCUUUUUUUAAGAGCAAAUGAAAACUCUACUAUUUUGCGGCAAGAGGCCUUGUAAAUAAGCACUGAUGAGACUUUGGAGUCCAAUUAUUUCUACAGAACUGUAUAGAGUGACAGUGAUGAUGAUGAUGAUGAUGAUGCUGAUGUUGAUGAUGAAGGUGAUGAUUUUUUUCUGGAGCUUCCUGCUUUGUUUUGAGUUCUUCCUCUGAGCGGUUUUUUUUUUUUUUUUUUCCGGGACCUCCGGUGGCGGUUCAAAACAAUGUAAAGCACAAAGACAACACUGGGCAUUUUGUUUCACUUCCUAAAUAAAAACUAGU